UUGAGCACAGGUGGCAAAUGCGCACACACGAGAGAGAAAAAAAAAAAAAGACUCGCUCACAAGCUCGCUGUACAACCGUUUUUUUUUAAAAAAAAGUAACGUUCAUAAAAUAUUUCCAUAGACUCUCGUAACCACUUCGGGAAAAGUGGAGCUUUGUACUUAAGAGAGACGACAGACUAUGGGGACAGUAUCUGACGAUAUCAGGAGACUUCUGGAAGACUGUGAGCUCUUUGUGUCAGAGAUCCUGCAGGAUGAGAGCCUCAGCAAGCAUGCCCGGGACACGCGUGAAAUCCUGCUGAACAACUUCCGCGUGGUUUACUCCAGAAAUCCCCAGGAGUUUCCAUACAAAUCAGACGCCAGACAAGAGGACAGCUCGGACGACAACCAGAGCUCCAGCCUGGGCCGCUCCGUGCCCUCCGAUGACGUUUCUGUGGCCUCGGACUACCAGGAUGACGGCUCUCCUGAGCUCUUUGAAGAGAUUCCCAUGGUGGCAGCCCAGGACCUCAGUAACAUCUUGAAACAAGGAUACUUGGAGAAGAAACGACGAGACCACAGCUUCUUUGGCUCUGAAUGGCAGAAGCGCUGGUGUGUCCUCAACAACACAAUAUUCUACUACUUCGGGAGUGAAAAAGACAAGCAGCAGAAGGGCUCGUUUUACAUCAAUGGCUACAGUGCAGUGAUGGCGACUCACUUGCGCAAAGACUCCAAGAAGAACUAUUGCUUUGAGCUCAGCGCCCCUGGAAAGCGUUCGUUUCAGUUCACCGCCAGCUGUCAACAAGAAGCCAGGGAGUGGAUAGAUCAGAUUAACUUUGUCCUAAAAGACAUGAGCUCCAACUUCAUCCCCUUUGAUGAUGAUGAGGAAGAGGUGGAGGAAGAGGCACAGGAGGAGGAGGAGACCUACGAUGACAUUGACGCCGCGGCUGGCCCCCCAGUCCCGCGCCCCGCCCAGGCCUUGGCACCAGCCCCCACCCCAGGCAUCACCCCCCAGAGAAGCCAGGAGGAGCGAUGGGGCAGUCAAAGAGUGCAAGACCAGGAUGAGGAGGAUGAUGACAUCUAUGAGGUGCUCCCAGAGGAAGACUUCAUUGACUCCACUGAGGAGGCUUCUGAGAAGAGCUCAAAGCCAGUGUGGUCCGUGGAUUAUGCCAGCUACUACCAGGGCCUCUGGGACUGUGAUGCAGAAGAAGCGGAUGAGCUGUCCUUCCAGCGGGGAGACCUCAUACACGUCAUCAGCAAGGAGUAUAACAUCCAUGGCUGGUGGGUGGGGGAACUGAAUGGCAGCAUCGGAAUCGUUCCAAAAGACUUCCUGCAGCCUGCCUACAUCCUGUGAUUUCCAAGAGGUCUCUGUGGAUGAUGAUAUGGGAGGUGCAGUGACACGCCUUUGCUGAACACUUGAACGCUGACGACUAACUGAGAUUGCUUUUUGUUGUGUGGAACCUAAUAUAAUACGGAAUAUUGACACAAGUACCCCAGGUUUUAUUUUAAAUUUUUAUAAAAGGAUUAAGGAUUUUCCCUUUAUUCUACCAAGCCCAUCAUGGAAACACAUGAUAUUACACAGAUAUCCUGAACCACUCCAUAAUGUACAACAAAGGAUGAAUCCUUAAUCAUAAUUCUAAAAUCUUAUUUUAGAUUCAAUUACCCUGUUAAAUGCUAGGUGCAACUAUACAAACGUGCAUUUGUAUAAAAUUAUACCUUAAGGGUCAUGAUGGCCAAUAAUCAGAACAUUAUUGUAAACUGAGAAUAUAUGUUUUAUGUGAUGUUUAUCUUAAAUGUACUUUACAAACAUUUGUGAUUUUUACAUCAGUAAAGGCCCUUUCUAAAGCUUGUUUUACAAUGGCAUUGUUUUUAUGCAAUAAACACAAUUCCAUGAGACAUACUAUAGGCUCAUGUUGGCCACUAGGUGUCAGGAGUGUUCUAGAAUAGGACAGAUUUGUUUCAGUCUACAGGCCUGUAUCAAUACACAUACUAAACAUCAAUAGAAUAUUUCUUCACUCUAUGUCCUAGCUGGCCUAUGUCAACUGUUACACAUUAUUUGCAAUGUAUCCAAGUUUUUUUCUUAUUGUGCACCUGAAUUGCAUACCUCUCUAAGCAAUCUGUAAAUGUACUGUCCAUAUGUUAAACUCUGGCAAUGUAAUAGUAUAUCUAUUGCCAAACCAAUAUUUUUGAUUCUUAACCAGAUUUGAAUUAUCCAGCCUUAUGCUAUUUUAACUGGAAUACACUUCCUAGUUUUGCAAUGCUUUUGCUACUAAUGUCUUUAUCAAAAUUAGUAUCAAAAGAAGUGGUUCAUUCAUUUGGUUUCUGUGUAGGACAUCUGUAUAUAAUAAACACAAACUUUUAAAGUA